AUGGCAUCAGUCGAAAUAUUCUGCAGAAACUUUCACGAGGUUCAGCAUAAUUGCCAUGUCCUCAGGUUUGGUGCAGAGUUGUUCGUGCUAAUCAAGGGAUGGUGCCAGCACCUGAAGGAUGGUUUUCUGAAAUGGAAGAAGAUAUCGGUGGCUACAAAGGGCAAGCCUUCCAGUUGCCUCAAGGCCUGCGCCACCGACAUCAAGUCAAUGGCCGAGGUGUUGGUCAAUCUCCCUGCUGGGCAGGACGACAUGAACGCCUAUCUCACCUUUAAGGAUGUCAGAGCCAAGUUUAAAGACGAGAAACCACCAGCCUGCGAGAAGGACUGCUGGAACAAGACGUCAUCGUCUUCAGCUGACGAGACCGGCAUCGUGGACAAGUUCCAUGAUAUCUGGAAUGUGGCCAAAGUUGGGAAUAUGCAGAUUAAUUAUAUCUUCCCAUGGCCAGACAGCGACGACGACGAUAACAUCCUUUAA